UUUGAGACAUCAUAGCAUGGUGUGGCUUCCUGUUCAUUUUCUCUGCUCCCUUGCUGCUGAUGUGCUGUGAUCGGCCGGCUUCCUGCCCCUGACACCAAGUCUCCUGAGCCACGGUGGAAUAUAGAUCUUCAGACCAAAAUGGCUGCCCAGGGAGAAGCCUUUGAGGAGAGAAUUUCCGAAUUUGAUGAUGAUUUGGCCUCUGAGUUCUCUGCCCUUCUCGGUGUGGAUGCCCUUCAGGUCUUAAAGAGACAACAAGAAGAGGACCAUAAAGAACGAAUGAGGAUGAAGAAAGGUUUUAACUCACAGAUGCGUAGUGAAGCCAAACGAUUAAAGACUUUUGUGACCUAUGACACAUUCAGAUCAUGGACACCACAGGAGAUGGCAGCCGCUGGGUUUUACCUUACUGGGGUGAAACUUGGGAUUCAGUGCUUCUGCUGUAGUUUAAUUCUCUUCUGCACCAGACUCAGGAAUCUUCCCAUAGAAAGUCACAGGCGAUUACGUCCUGAAUGUGAGUUCCUUUUGGGCAGAGAUGUUGGUAACAUUGGCAAGUAUGAUGUAAGGGUGAAGAGUCCAGAGAAACUGAGAGGUGGCAAAGCAAGGUGCCAAGAAGGGGAGGCCAGUCUGGAGUCCUUUGAGAACUGGCCGUUUUAUGCCCAUGGGACAUCGCCACGUGUACUCUCAGCAGCGGGCUUUGUCUUUACAGGUAAAAGGGACACCGUGCAGUGUUUCUCCUGUGGUGGAUGCUUGGGAAACUGGGAAGAAGGAGAUGAUCCAUGGAAGGAACAUGCCAAGUGGUUCCCUGAGUGUGAAUUUCUUCAAAGUAAGAAAUCCUCAGAGGAAAUUGCCCAGUAUAUUAAAAGUUACGAGGGAUUUGUCCAUGUAACGGGAGAACAUUUUGUGAAUUCCUGGGUCAGAAGAGAAUUACCUGUGGUGUCAG